GUGCAUUGUAUGAAUUUGUAUACAAAAUUAUCUCAUCUGAGCCGGAAGCUGUAGUUCAGUAACAGAAUUUAUGCUCGUCCUGAGCCAGACCCUGGCUCAAUGCCCAAUGGGAAUACAGCUGAACUAUUAAUAUUGAGAUACUUAGGGCUUUGAGGCAGCUCAGCAGUGUACCUGCCUGGCACUUGGAAGGCCCUAGGUUCAAGCCCAGCGCCACAUACACACAAACACACACAGAGUUCUAUCAUGCAGUUGUAAAGAACAAAAGACGUCGUUUGCUGUGUUAAUUUGCUAGGCCCAGAAAAACAAAUACCAUGUUUUUUCUCAUGUGUAAAAUACAUAUAAUCAAGCACUUCUAUGUACACACAGGCACUUCUAUGACAUGAAAUUAAAAGGUGAGCUACUGAGGAGCGAAAUAGAACCAGCACAGUGAGGGUUGUCCAUGGGUGGGCACCUGGGAAAGUCUGCUUGCACACAUAUCUACAGCGCCCACGUGAAAAGCUGGCCGUGGCCACACAUUCCAGUAAGCCCAGCAUUGGGAGGGCAGAGACAGGCAGGUCCCGGAACUCUCUGGCCAGACAGCCUAGCCAACAUGCCAAUCUUCUGCUUCACUGACCAACUCCACCUAAAGGAAUAAGGCAGAGAGUGAGCAAUAGAUACCAGUAUCCUCCUCCGGCCUCAACACACGUUGUAAGGAUGCGUGCACACGUGUGCACACCGCAUAGACACAAAUUUUAAUAGAGGGGAGGAUGGGGGAAGUACGAGCAAAAUACGUUAUCACGUUAUAUCGUGGUAAAACCCUCCGUUCUUUGUGCUGAAUGUACGCUCCUUCUGGCCUCAUUCUGGACGCUUUCCCGUCGCCAGGAUAAAACCCUGACCAAAAGCAGCACAGGGCAGGACAGGAUUUAGAGCAGCUUCUAGAGCCCACCCCUGGAGGAAGUCAGGAUGGGAGCACAAGCCGGAGCUUGUGGAAGAAACCCAGAGGAACACUGCUUGCUGGCUCGCACAUACACCCGUGUCAGCUAGCUUCCUCAGACAGCCUAGGGCCACCCUCCCGAGGAAUGAGUGGUGCCACCCACAGGGGGGCUGUGCCCUUCUGUAGACGUAACAGUGAAGAUAAUCUCCCACAGAUGUACCUCAGGUAAACCCAAUCAGGACAAGUCUCCCUUGUCCUGAGACUCCCUUCCAAGGUGACUCUGUGCUGUGUAAAACUGACGGGUAAAGCUGACUAGAGCAAAGCUAGAAUGAAUAUGCCACUUUCAAAAGUAAGGUGCACGCCUUUAAUCCCAGCUCUCGGAGGCAGAGGCAGGUGGAUGUCUGUGAGUGUGAGACCAGCCUGAUCUACAAAGUGAGUUCUGGGACAGUCAGGGCUACACAGAGAAACCCUGAUCAGGAUGAAAAGAUAAUGCCCAGGAAUCGUUGCUCCCAUUUUGCAGAUGUGAAAGACUGAGGCAGGGUGCAGAGCUCAGCCCCGAUGCCCAGGAGCACCAUGCAGGUGCCGCAGGAUAAAGAUGACCUCGUCUGCCAGCCCUGGUACCAUGGCCAGCUGUCUCGACAGGAAGCUGAAGCCCUUCUGCUACAAGAUGGUGACUUCCUUGUUCGUGCCUCGGAGUCCCGCGGGGGCCGCCCUGUAAUCUCCUGCCGUUGGCUAGGCAAGACCCUACAUUUUGAGGUGUUCCAAGUGACACUGCGCCCCAGGCCUGGCCGCCCGCAGGCCCUCUUUCAGCUGGAAGAUGAGAGGUUUGCCAGCAUGCCUGCCCUGGUCCACAGUUACAUGACUCGCAGACGCCCACUGUCCCAGGCCACAGGAGCUGUGGCCUCCAAACCUGUGCGUCGUCAGAGGCCACUGACACGCAGCUUCAGUGAAGAUGUGCUCACAGACAGCCCAGCUGACACCAGGCCUCUGAGACCUAGGAAGUGGAGUUCCAGCCAGCCUGCAGAUCUGGACCAUUCGGGAAGGGGCGAAGAUGGCACCAGAGCAGGAGCACCCCCUACUUUUGGAUCUGCCCUGCACCGGACAGGCAGCGAGCCCACAUUGCCGAAGGCCCUGCCUCACCUGGGAACUAUGACUGACAGUCUCAGAGCCUCUGAUGGACAGCUUCAUGCAAAGGCUCCCUCCAAGCCACACAGGAUACCCCCAACCUACUGCGAACUCCUUCCCCGGGUGCCCAGUGCUCAGAGAGCGACUCCCAGACCAAGCUGUCCAGAGCCAGAGGUCUGGGGGUGGGACGCCGAGGAGGAAGAGGAUGAAGACAGGCACAGAUGCUUCGUAAGGCCACAAACUGAGGUCUCUUUUUGUUCCCCUGUCCACCCGUCUUGCCUGCUGGGUCCCCAAAACCGGCCCUUGGACCCUACAGUUCUGCACACUCUCCGAAGCUUGUUUGUGGCACACCAUCCUGGGAGUACUGCUCUGCAUCUGCUCUUGGUGGACUGCCAGGCUAUAGGCCUGCUGGGGGUAACCAAGAGUCAGCAGAGUGCCAUGGGCGUUGCCUCCGGUCUGGAACUGCUCACACUGCCUCAUGGCCAUCAGCUGAGGUUGGAGGUGCUGGAGAGGAUUGAGACGCUGGCACUGGCCGGGGCUCUGGCUGUGCUGGGUUGCUCGGGGCCCCUGGAGGAGCGCACAUCCGCUCUGAAAGGCCUUGUGGAGCUGGCAUUGGCACUGAGGCCAGGAGCGACAGGGGACCUGCUGGGACUGGCUGGGGUCAUGGGUGCCCUGCUCAUGCCCCAGGUGUCCAGGUUAGAGAGCACCUGGCGUCAUCUGCGAAGGAACCACACGGAGGCGGCGCUGGUCUUUGAACAAGAGCUAAAGCCUCUGAUGCGAGCUUUGGAUGAAAGUACAGGGCCCUGCAACCCAGGAGAGGUGGCCCUGCCACACGUGGCACCAGCAGUGCGCCUGCUGGAGGGUGAGGAGACCUCUGGGCCGCUGGACGAGUCCUGUGACCGGCUGCUGCGGACCCUGCUUGGGGCCCGACAGGUGGCCCGCGAUGCACCCCUAUUCCGCAGGGCGGCUGCCCAGCGGCUGCAAGGAUUCAAGCCCAACCCAGAACUUCGGGAGGCGCUGACCACCAGCUUCCUGCGCCGCCUCCUCUGGGGCAGCAAGGGGGCCCAAGCCCCCAGAGACGACCGACUACAGAAGUUCCAUCGCAUCCUUGGCAUCCUGUCCCAGCAACUGGAGCCACGUGGCUGAGUGCCCAGGGCCCAGCCCUCGCAUACUGAGGGACCCAGGGAGGCUGCCCACAGCUCUUCAAGAGGCUAUGAAACGAACUUGGUGCAGGGGCCCAUGGCCUGUAACUCUAGCACGUGGAAAAUGGAGGUGGGAAAAUCAGGAGUUCAGGGCCAGCCUGGGCUAUGCAAAAACUAUGGAGGAACCAAAAUGUUUAAAUCUGCCCCAUCCCAAGGUCAAAGAUUAAAAAAAAAAAUCCCCCUCUUAAGAUGGUCCUCAAGAGACUGAGGUGCGAUACCUGCCUCCUUUUCACCCAAAGCCCUGAGCAAGCAUCCAGAGACCCACCUUGCUUUCCCACACGCAGCUGGGGUACCCAGCAGGCGGCCACAUGGUGCACAUGUUACUUUGGAAAAUAAAGACAUCUUACAGA